UUUUUUUUGGAGAAAACGUUCUUCCGUACAUCAAAUUUCGCAUCCUUACAUCUUCUGAGUUCAAUAAUUUUUCAUCAUUAUUAUAACUACGCAUUUCUUCUUCUUCGCCUAACAUUACAUACACAAUGAGCUUAAAAAGACCGAUAACAAAUAAUAAUGAUUCUAGAAAUAAAAGAUCCAAGUAUGAUAGUUUUUCAAUUAACUCAAUUAUUUUAGAAGAAAAAGAAUGUCGGAUGUGCAAAAAACAGUAUAAGAAUCCUAUUUCACUCGAUGAAUGCAUAAAUUAUGAAUUACAACCAAAAAUAUAUUUUAGUUUAGCACUUAUUUUGGCAGAUCCAUUAAAAGAAUAUCUUCUUUUAGAUAAUAAUGGCUAUAUAUCCCAACUAGCAAAACAUACUAUUCAACUUGCUAGAGAUCAUCUAUUAGCUUCCCAUGUUCUCAAUUUAUUAGUUUCUUUAUAUAUAGAAAAUUGUAAUGCUAUUAUACCUUUAUUUAAAAAUUGCAAUAUUGAUGAUUUACAUGAAGAAAGAGAAAUAAAAUUUAUAUCAACUUGUUUAAAUGAUAGCCAGGAAGUGACAGUUAACUUAGUUAAGUUGCAAGCGAAUAAGAGUUUAAAAAUCAAUUUAGAAUCCAUUGUUUUAUCUGAUAUUCGAUAUGCAAGACUUUUACCUCUUUUGUCUAUUCUUUAUAAUAAUACUACUAAGAAUACUCCUACAAAUGAUUCAUUAAUUAUACUCGAUGAGGAAGAAGUUGAAAAAAUUAUAAAUUCUUCCCAUCAUAAUUCUAGUCCAUUACCUUUUCCUCUUAUUACUUUGCAAGAUGAAAGUUUUAGUAUAUGUCAAACAUCAAAUAAAGACUUGGAUCAACCACAGACUUCUCAAGAGGAAGAACAAGUUAAAAUUCCAAAUUAUGAUGAGCUGUCUACAAUUGAAUUAAAAGCAAAAUUAAAGACAUAUGGUUAUAAAACAAGUAACAAUAGAAACCAAAUGAUUCAAGAUCUCAAAAAUAUCUUUACUUCAUUAUUUAAUAACAAAAAAACCAGAGAUAUCUCAUUAUCAGCUCAACAAUCAUAUGUCACAGCCAGCACGACUCCCUGUUAUAAUGAUGAGGAACUAGAAUUAUCCAUUGAUACAACUUCUAAUGAUGAUGCUACAAGGACAAGCAUCAUUCAGCAUCUUAGAUCAAAGGAAGACAUUAUGAAAGAAAUAUGGUUAUAUAAUGCAGCAAAUACGAAGAUAAUCAAAAAGAAAAAAGGCCCUUCUUCAUCAAAGCAUUUCUUAUAAGCAUUCAUCGAUUUUUUUCUCUUGUUUUGUCAUUGAUGCUGCUAAUUAUGAGCAAUAAACUUAGUAUUUUGCUGCAUUAAUAUGACUCAUUUAAAGACAUACAUAUAUACAUAUAUAUAUGUAUAUAUGUAUAUAAAUGUAUACAUAUAUAUAUAUAUAUGUGUAUGUGUACAUGUAUUUUAUUUUUUUGAUCUAUGAUUCCUGAAAUGCCCAGCUGGACAUAUCAAUGAAAUGAAAGAUUACUAAAGAAAAUAAAAGGGGGUAAAACUAUAUUCUAUAUUGUUAAAUUUAUAGAAUCAGUUACAAGUGUACUUUAUAAAAAAAAUAAAAAAAAAUAAAAUAGCACUUUAUUGCAC